AGAGCCUAGAUCAAAAUGUGAAACCCAAAGCAUACGGUGGGGCUACUCAAAAUUUUCUCCUUGUAUGCAUGACGAAAUUUUGAUUAAAAUACUGAUUCAAACUUCAAACGGCUCUGAUGAGUUAAUCACAGUGAUCUCGUUUUCCUACGAAACGCACCAACUUCACAACAAAAAAAUGGCGCACAGCUUCAGUCUGGUGACAUCUUCAACCCAUCUCACAACUUCCCCAUUUCAUUUUCCCAAAAUAGAAAAACCCCUCCGUCCCGCUUUCCUAAGCUCCAAAACCCUUCGCUUCCGCUCUCACCCUCACUUCAUCUCUUCCCCAACCAGCAUGAAAACAGAGCUAGAACAGGCGCCCCCCUCCACCAUCUCCUACGAUCUGGUAAUCUUAGGUGCCUCAGGCUUCACGGGCAAGUACGUUGUGAGAGAAGCCCUCAAAUUCCUCAACGCCCCUUCGUCACCUCUCAAAACCUUGGCCUUGGCAGGCCGUAACCCUGCCAAGCUAGAUCAAACUCUAAAAUGGGCGUCUCAAUCCCAAACCCCAUCUCCAAUUCCUAUUCUCACAGCCGAUACUGCCGACCCAUCUUCCCUCCACCUCCUUUGCACCAAAACCAAGCUCAUUCUCAACUGCGUCGGACCAUUUCGGCUCUACGGCGAGCCCGUUGUGGCCGCCUGCGUCGAGGCGGGGUGCGAUUAUCUUGAUAUAUGCGGUGAGCCUGAGUUCAUUGAGAGAAUGGAAGCUAAGUUUCACGAGAAGGCGGGGGAAAGGGGUUCUUUGGUGGUUUCGGCGUGUGGGUAUGAUUCCGUUCCGGCUGAAUUGGGGCUGAUGUUCAAUUCCAGGCAGUGGGUGGCUCCAGCUGCGCCGAACAGGGUGGAGGCGUACCUGAGUUUGGAGUCGGAGAAGAAGAUUGUUGGGAAUUUUGGGACGUUUGAAUCUGCGGUUUUGGGGGUGGCCAAUGUAGAGAAGUUGCAGGAAUUGAGAAAGUCGAGACCCAGAAGAGCUCGACCAGUGAUUCCUGGUCCUGCCCCUCCGAAAGGACCAGCGAUAGAGCACUCGAAGAAGACUGGCCUUUGGGCUGUAAAACUACCUUCAUCAGAUGCCAUUGUUGUACGAAAAACGCUAACAACAUUGACAGAAAACCCUGGUGGUCUUGCUGGCAUUAAUGAGAGUGCUGAGCAAAUUGAGAAGAGGAUGACCUUUUGGUCAACCGUGAAGCCAGCUUAUUUUGGGGUGAAGCUAGGCUCUAAGUCUCUGUUGGGUGUUCUUCGAUUCAUUGCAGUUGGAAUGUUCAUUGGGCUUUUGGGAAGAACUACAUUUGGGCGGUGGCUUCUCUUAAAAUUUCCCUCAAUUUUCAGCCUUGGGUGGUUCAGGAAGAAGGGUCCUACUGAGGAUGAGAUCAGAAGUGCUUCCUUCAAGAUGUGGUUUGUUGGACAUGGUUUUAGCGAUAGCCAUCUUGUCUCUCAUGGACGCCAAAAACCUGAUAUGGAAAUAACGACAAGAGUAAUGGGACCUGAGAUUGGUUAUUUGACCACCCCAAUAAUUUUGCUUCAGUGUGCUCUUAUUCUUCUGAGCCAGCGUGACAACCUACCAAAGGGAGGCACUUAUACUCCUGGAAUUGUUUUUGGCCCUACAGAUCUCCAAGAACGACUCCAAGAGAAUGGAAUUUCUUUUGAUGUCAUUUCAAAGAGUGCUCUCAAUGCCUAAUAGUAGAGCCUUCGCAUACUUUCUGGGAAAAUAAAACAAAAUCGUUGGGACUUUUUCAUUACACUGGCACAUGAUAACUAAAGGAUGUGUUUCAUUAAUCUGUAGCCUCAUUUAAUGUUUGGUUGGUCCUGUUA